UGCAAAAUUAAACGCAGAGUUUUGCAACAGAAUUUCUGAUUUCUUCAUGUGCAUCAUCAGUUUUCAGUCGCGUUUGUGUGUUUUGAUUGGCUGACGCGACUGCCUAUCAUUUUUUCCGCUCUUCUGAUUGGCGGAUUCAACCCUGACACGCUCGAAAAAAACGAAACACAUCGUCAUGUCUGUACUGUUACGUUCCUGCCAUACACUUCCACUGUAGAGCAGCGGAAUUACUGAUGGCCAGUUCCUCACAAGACUAAGCGACGGCAAUACGAUUCCCUCAGAGAUUUAAUUGACUGCCACAAGUGCGCAUCAUAUCUUUGCAAUGGAGCCAGAAGAGAAAAACCCAGAAUCUAAAUAUGGCGAGCCAAGGAAAUUUGAUCCCACAUUUAAAGGCCCGAUUUAUAACAGGGGCUGCACAGACAUUCUCUGUUGUAUCCUGUUCAUCUUGGCCUUGCUGGGAUACUUUGCAGUUGGGAUUUUGGCAUGGUCUCAAGGGGACCCUCGGAAAGUGAUUUACCCGACGGACAGCACCGGUCAGUUUUGUGGGCAGGCCGGCACCCCACUUGAGAAAAAGCCUCUGCUGUUCUACUUCAACAUCAUGAAGUGUGCAAGUCCUCUGGUCCUGCUCGAGUUUCAGUGUCCCACCACUCAGAUCUGUGUGGAGAAAUGUCCGGAUAAAUUCAUGACGUUAGUGAAUGCUUUAAAAAGCCAAAGCGACAAAACCUACUACACCCAGUUCUGCAAGGAGGGAGUAGACAUGACCAAGAAUGCUCCUCAAAUCCUGAGCGAGGGCUUGUGCCCUUCAAUCCUCUUUCCUAGCAAGAACUUCACACGGAGAUGCUUGCCUGCUCUAGAGACAAUGAAAGGCGGUGUGGUUGUGAUUGGGAACGAAACUCAAUUCACUGUCGAUCAAGGAGAAGUUAUAAAUGCAACAGACCUCCUUAAUGCAGCAAAGAAAUCCAAUGUAGUAGUUGAGGCUCGGGCAGUAGCCAUGAGGAUCUUUGAGGACUACACACAGUCCUGGCACUGGAUCCUUCUUGGUUUGGUGAUCGCUAUGCUGAUCAGUCUGAUAUUUAUUCUCCUCCUGCGUUUUCUGGCUGGAGUCAUGGUCUGGGUUAUGAUCAUCAUGGUCAUCAUUGUUAUCGGAUACGGUAUUUUCCAUUGCUACAUGCAGUACGCAAGCCUGAAAGGACAGGCUGGUUCUGAUGUCACUAUCAAGGAUCUGGGUCUGCAGACGGACUUCUCUGUGUAUUUACAGAUUCAGCAGACCUGGCUUGCCUUCAUGAUAAUCCUGUGUAUUGUGGAAGCGGUGAUCCUCCUCCUCCUAAUCUUCCUCAGGAAGAGGCUCCUCAUCGCUAUUGCUCUCAUCAAAGAGGCCAGCAAGGCCAUCGGUCAUGUGAUGUCAUCGCUGUUCUACCCACUGCUGACCUACGCCCUGAUGUCAUUGGUCAUCGCAUACUGGGCCAUCACCGCUGUGUUUUUGUCCACCUCCAAUGAGCCAAUAUACAAGGUUUUCAAUACAAGCAAUUGUUCAUAUUCCAGGGCCACCUGUAAUCCUGCGACUUUCAACACCUCAAACGUCACCACUGAAUGUCCUGAUGCCGAGUGUCUGUUUGCGUUUUAUGGAGGAGAGACGUUAUACCACAAGUGGCUGAUUGUCUUCCAGUUCUACAAUUUGUUCCUCUUCUUCUGGUGCGUGAAUUUUGUGAUAGCGCUGGGUCAGGUCACACUGGCGGGGGCCUUUGCCUCUUAUUACUGGGCGUUCAAAAAGCCCGACGACAUGCCUGCUUUCCCUAUCUUCAACUCUUUAGGACGAGCCCUCAGGUAUCACACUGGCACUCUGGCGUUUGGCUCCCUCAUUCUUGCUAUCGUUCAAGUCAUCAGGGUCGUACUGGAGUAUCUGGAUCAGAAGCUUAAAGGUGCCCAGAAUAAAUUUGCUAAAUUCCUGCUGAGCUGCCUGAAGUGCUGCUUCUGGUGUCUGGAGAAAUUCAUCAAGUUUAUAAACAGGAACGCCUACAUCAUGGUGGCAAUUUACGGCAAAAAUUUCUGCACAUCUGCCAGGGAUGCAUUUUUCCUCCUAAUGAGGAACAUAGUCCGUGUGGCAGUUCUCGACAAAGUGACUGACUUCCUCUUAUUUUUGGGCAAACUCCUAAUCGUUGGUAUUGUGGGAAUUUGUUCCUUCUUCUUUUUCACGGGCAAGAUUAAGAUAGCGCAGGACGUUACGCCAGCUCUUAAUUACUACUGGGUGCCUAUAUUGACUGUGGUGUUUGGAGCCUAUCUGAUCGCUCAUGGCUUUUUUAGCGUAUAUGCCAUGUGCGUGGACACACUCUUCCUCUGCUUCUGCGAAGACCUGGAGAGAAAUGACGGCUCUUCCGACAAACCCUUUUUCAUGUCUCCUGAGCUGCACCAGAUUUUAUCUAUCGAAAAAAGCAUAGAAGAAACAGACCAUGCGGAGGUGCCUGUCAUACAGGUGCAAGCCGAAGAAGAAAUCCCUCUCCAGGAGAAUGGAGAGGUGCAGCUCAAGCAACAGACUGUUCUGAAACAGGAUCAAGAAGAAGAGACACCACUCAAUCAAGAGACGCACAUUGAAGAAGCUCCUCAAGAAACACAAACACAAGCUCCAGAAGCUUCUGCAGUCGCUGAGGAGAAACCUGAAGAGCAGGUGACUGCUCAAGAACAUGAACCAACACAAGCAACGCCACAGCAAAAUGGACCACAAGAGGUUGACGCAGAAGACAAAGAGGAGCCAGGCGCUCAAGCAGAACCACCACAGGCUGAGAACCUGCAAGCACCAGAACCAGAGGAACCCAAGCCUCAAGAAAACGGACCUCAGGAGAGCGAUACUCUGCUCACCCCUCAGGAGUAGCUGCGUAAGAAUGCUCAUACAAUGUUUCAAAGAUGCCUACUGAUUUGGGAAAUGGUGCACUUUGGUGGCUUUGGGAAGCCAUUAGUAGAUACUGAAAAGAACCUCCUUCAUUUGAGUCAUAAUGUUUACUCAAUCAAUCAGCUUUGAGAACUGUAAUAAUCACUUGUCAAAAUGGACGGCUUGAUACUAAGUAAGAGAGAAGCAGGCUUGUACAGAAAGGUCUUGUGAAGUGCUUUGAAAUGUUUAUUUUUGUUCAGCGUUUGACAUAAUUUCAACUGAAACAUGAAGACGGUAGGUAGCUCCUCCCCUUUUUAAAAAGCAGCCAAUAGCCUUUUUUUUCACAGAUCGGCUAGUGAGAGUGGUUGAGCACAUCAAAUGAAAAGCAAAUGAGAAGCAUCUUAAAGGGGGCAGAACAUGUCCUUUGCUAGAGAGCAUUUGAUUGGUCAAGAUUUGAUGACAAACUGACAGCCCAGGCUCAUUGUGGAUAUGUACCCCUGUAUAAGUAUCUGGAGAGUGCAAAAUUCAUCCCAGUAGGUAAUUUUUUUUCCUUCCCUAAACCCAACCGAUAGUGUUUUCAAAAGCCCUGAUUGACCCGCCCACCCCCUUUCCUAAACCCAACCUACAGCGUUUUCAAAAGCAAUCCAGGAAAAAAAACCUCACGGUCGCCUGAUUUUUACCAUGUUUUCACAGCUUACCACCUUCUCACCCUGGAAUUUACUUGUUUAUUUUAUUCUUGUUUUACCUGCUUUUUUUUAAAAGUAUUGUUCACCAGACUCUGACCUCGUUGUCGCGGUUAACUCCGCUCCACCUUGUACGCGGUGAGCCAACAUGCAAACUGGUAACAUCAGAAAAGCCGUCCACAUGAAGGUAUGUGGUCAGCUGGUAGCGCAAAAAAAAAAAAAAAACAGAAGCCUUCCACGGCUUCAUACCACCCUGAAGCAUUCAUUUCAAAGAUAAAUUGCACCCAUAUGUACCUCUGGCUACCCUCUUCUAAAAGUGAAACCAUCAAGAAAAAGAUGGACCUCCUUUAUGUUUAAUACAAGCGCGGCUGAUUAUAACUCGUUUUUAGUUAAUGAUGCCAGAAUUUACCGGUAUUUUGGUGUGGAUGUGUGAAUGGUCCUUUCCCGGAUCAGUCCUUACCUAAGAAAUUCAGGUUAAUGUCCUUACCUGUGUGAACAGCACAUAUUUGAAUAAAUUCGUAAAGUCGUUCUGGAAAUUGUCCGGAUAUUUACCAGUAUCACUGUGUGAGUAGGGCUACUGAUACGAACUUAUAAAAAAACGCUAUUUUAAUUUAAGUUCGCAUGAAAUCAAAUUUACUGUUUAUUUUGCUAGCUCGCAUUGUUAUUCUUGAGGUAAAUAAUUAAAUUAAAUUGUUGGAAGUUAAUCCACUAAACAAAAAAGUUUUUGUUUUAGUAAUUUUAAAUCAAAGUCUGACCGUUUGCUUUCAUGUUUGGGGUAAAGUCUAGAUCGGAUAUGCGGCUGGCCGGAAGUGCGAUUAUGCACAUCAAAAUAGCAGCAUUUUUUAUGACACUGUAUAACAAUAAUUAUUAUUUUUACAGUACCGUGACGGUUGGGUUUAGGGUUAGGGUGGGGGUAGGCGUUAAAAAAUACAAUUUAUUGGGUAAUUUAAUAGAUAGCAUAAAGAAUACUCGGGACAACAACUGUUUUUACGUUACUGUGAUGGUUGGGUUUAGAGUUGUGGAGGCGGUAGGCAUUAAUAAAAUACAAUACAUAUUUUUGGUUACUUACGGCCGCAACUGUAUCUGAUCUAGCAACAACCCAUGUUUGGAGUAGAGGUUCUUCUGUUGACGUCAACUCGGCAACUGCAUAGCGAUAUUCUUAACCACGCUCCUCUAACAUUUGUUAUCUAUGAGGGAACUAGGGAAGGAUGCGCAAUCAAAAGCCCUGCCCCCUACUCAAUAUUCAGUUUCAGUUGAAAGUACGUCACCAUACUGAAAUAAAAGUCUCAGCAACCUCCGGUUCACACAGACUUUAAAGUAGAAGCUUAUUAAAUGGACGACAGUUGGUUACGUGGACCUAAAACCCUAUUAGAUAUGCCUACAUAGCACUUGUAGAAUGUGACUGUGUUUGUGUGAUUUUUGUGGAACGUUUUCAAACUAAGGACUUGUAGAAGUGUAAUGUAGGUGCUCGACUUGUGCCUAAUUAUCGUUAAUUAUCAAUGUCUUAAGCAUAUUGAAGAAUGCAAAAAAAAAAAAAAGUUUGCAGUAUUGCUAUGUUUACAGCAGCAACAACAACAGAAAACCCCCCACAUCUGUUUACAGUGAUACCAGCCAAGACCAAUGCCAUUUUGUAAAAAUUGCUGUGUUAAAUUUAUGCCUAACGUGAUAUGGAAAAUAUGGCAACUUAAAAACAGAGCAAAGAAAGAAAAAGCUGUUGCCCAUAUCUUUUGGUCUGCUGUGAUGGGCUAUUGUAUCAACAGAUUGCAACUUUUCAAUGCCUGAUAUUUGUCGCUGUUUGCCGCUCUAUUGCCUCUUUUUCUACCUCUGUGCUUCACUUUUCUCAAUCUUUGCAUGUUGUUAAUGUGAUCUCCCAGCGCUUUAAUAAACUGAACUCUCUCUAUGUUGA